CGGGUACGUUCGCUUGUUCGCAAAGGCAGUGCACUUGAGAAGGCCCGUCGAAGGCUGUUCUCGACGUGUAUGUUUUAAACAGUCCGCAACAUGUUAAUGAGUUUUUGUCAAAUUCUUAUUAAAAAUUCAUACAGUGGAUUCAGUAUACGAAAGAAAAUUACUAGUGCUAGACAUUUACCCUCUUGAUCAAGUAUCUUUUUUAGUAUAAAUUGUGCAGGAAAAAAAGUGAAGAACGAUGCCAGGCAAAGGAGGGAGAAGAGGAAAAUCCGGGCACGGUGGAAAAAAGGCUGAAAUAACAUCUGAUGAGGAUUCGAUCAACAAUGAUGCGUGCAGUGUCUCUAGUGGUCAGUCAGAUAAUCGCAGCAUGCCUGAUGAUGUAAAUGAUAAUGAAGUUGAUGAAAUUGCACAACAAGAGGCAUUUGAGGAAAAAUUGAAAGAAGCUAUUGAUGGUCUAACACAAAGAAGUGCAAAGGGCAGGAUAAUCUGCUUUAAUGGAAUUGAAAAGAUCUUUGCGAUUAAGUAUGUUCCAGACUUCGUAGAGGAUAGAAAGAUUACUAUUUCGGAUUCUAUAGAACGAAGUUUGAAGAAGGGAAGAUCUGAAGAACAGUUGACAGCAGCUAGAUUGAGUACUUUACUUUGCGUUCAACUUGGAGUUUUUGAAAGUGCAGAGGCAAUUUGUAGAGAUUUGAAAUCUACCUUAACUUUUGUUGCUAAUGAUACUGCAGCAUCUACGAAUGCACGUUCUGAAUGUUGUUGGGCAUUAAGCAUGAAUCAGUUUUUGUCUGGUAACGAUGCAGCUGAUACACUUGAUAUUGUUCAAUUAUUAUCUGGCAUUUUUUCUGGUUCAUAUUUAAAAGGGAAUGGUACAAUAGCAGCAGUUUCUGCAGAUGUAGCAGCACUUCAUGCAGCAGCAAUUUCAUCAUGGACCCUUCUCUUAACUGUCAUGACUUCUGCAGAAAUAUAUAAUCUGCUUGCCAGUGAUAGAAGCAAUAAUUACAUGCCCUCUCUCAAUAGACUACGUGAAUUAUUAGAAUCGCCACAUCUCGAUGUGAGGUUAUCUGCAGGUGAAGCUCUUGCUGUGAUAUUUGAACUUGGUCGUGAUUUUUCCUACGAUUAUGAGCAGGAGUGGGCAGUUGGUCUUAUUGAUGUACUCAAAGAACUAGCUACAGACUCUAAUAAAUACAGAGCAAAGAAAGAUCGUAAACAACAAAGGGCUAAUUUCCGAGAUAUAUUACGAUAUGUGGAGGAAGAUAUUGUUCCAGAAAUGCAUGUUAGAUUUGGACAAGAAACGUUAUAUUUAGAAGGCUGGUGUGCUCGUACUCAAUAUAAUGCUUGCUGUCGAUUACUUGGUCCUGGCAUAAACAUCCAUCUAGCAGAAAAUCAGUUAUUGCGUGAAAUUUUCCAUCUAGGUAAUAAAGUAUUGCCUAUAACGUCUCAAAAAACGACUAAAUUAGAGAGAACUUUAAUGAAUGCAGCUGCUUUCAAAGCGCGCACUAUUUUACGCAAUAAAACUAGGGAUAAACGAUUUGCAGCCAUGGCACCAUAACUUCCAAGUAUUAAAUUUUUCUAUAUAAAAAAUUUGUUCAAUUUAAUCAAGUACGAUUUUUUAUUUAUUGUAUCUACUCAACAGUGGUAGAUUAUUAUGAAACGUUUCAUUUUUUUCGUAAUAUAGGUUCAUAUGAAGUUAAAUAAAUCAUUGAAUUUUAAACUAUUCACAAAAAAUUAGAAAUGUGAUUAUUUUGUACAAUUAAUAUUCUGUAUAUACAAUAACAGAUUUAUAUUUAUAAAAUUUCGGGUAUAUUAAUAACAACUGCACGUUUUAUUGUUCCAAGAGUUGAAAAAUUAUUAUAAUUUGAUUAAUUUCUUAAUUGAAAUUUAAAGGCAUUAUACUGAUAAUCGUAAAAAUUUAUAGCAUAUUUUAUAAUGUUUAAUAUGAUGUGUUUUAACUUUAUAGUCAAGUUAAAAUAUUUUAAUAAGAAAAACUGAGAGGUAGAAUUAAAUAUUUACAUAGUUGUUGUUAAUUUAACGGUUGCGAUUCAAUUUGACUAAAUAAUCGUGUAUAAUUAUAAUGUUGUAUGAAGUAUUUGUAUUCAUUGUACAUAGUGACGUAUAUUAUAACGAUGAUCGUCAAAACAGAAAACGAAGGAUAUAAAUAAAAGUAGUACCUCAGA